AUGGCCUCUGGUCUAAUUCAAUCAAAAUCCAACUGUCUGUUCUGUCUCGACAUCAUCGAUAUUUAUCUUCCCCCUUAUGCUGCCAAGUAUACGGUUGUCAAGGCGAACCAAAUCAAUGAAGACUAUAUAAGCUCGCUCUUUCGCAUAUCCUCUUCAUACCUCUCCCUUUCGUUCUGGCUGGCCCUUCUUUUGACACCACAUUCCUUUUUGACCAGAAUGGCUCGGUCUGUCUUGUUCUUCCAUCUGACGCUUUUGUUCUCCUCCUUCGCUUUGGGGCGCUCUGGUCCCGCCUGCUCGAUGAAGCACCGUGGCGAGCAGUUGUGUGUUGAAUUGUGUAAGGAUAACUGGGGGUUCCCGGGUGCGGUAAUGGGUUCUAACCCAUGGGGUCCGGUAUUACAAACAGGCGUAUCUCCUGAAGAUUGGGAUUCGAUCAUAGCCCAAGCUUGCGGAAGUGAUGCGAUAUCUCAUCUGAGGCGACAUCUUCCCAAUUGGCUACCUUCAACAACCCCCGCGUUCUUUGAUACGCCUUUAACCACUUCAACGACGAUAGACACAGUGGUGACUCCAUCCUCGUCCCUUCUCUCGUCCACGGAACUUGUUCAGACCAGCUCUUCCGUGCCGACCUUCUCUACUACAACCACUUCGACGUCAGAGACUCCUUCGACUUCUUCAUCGACAUUUUCCUCUGUUAUAGCGUCUUCGUUAGCUCCAUCAGAAACAAGUUCAUCAAGUUCCACGCCAAGCAGUGAUAUCAUCACCUAUCUUGACGCGCACAACACCAUCCGUGCUCAACACGGAGCAACUGGUUUGACUUGGAGCGAUGAAUUAGCAGGGAAGGCCCAGCAAUGGGCGAACGGAUGUGUGUUUGAGCAUUCAGGCGGCUCCCUCGGCAGUUUUGGAGAGAACCUUGCCGCUGGGACCGGUAGUGGUUAUACCAUUAACUCUGCGAUCAAGUCAUGGACGGAUGAGGCUUCUAUGAUCCUAACAAUCCAGUCGCGUCUCAUUUCACCCAGGUUGUUUGGAAAGGCUACGAACCAGGUUGGAUGUGCCGUCCAGUCCUGCGAUGGAAUCUUUGAUGCUUCUUUUGGGAAAGCCAGCUACUACGUUUGUGAAUAUUCCCCAGCAGGAAACGUCAUUGGCCAAUUUGCUGAGAAUGUUCAGGCCUGA